AUGGACCUGGGUUACAAAGUGUAUAGUCAUGAUGACAUUGAAGGAAGCACAGUAAAAUAGAGAACAUUUAUCUUUGUUGGACUGCUUAAGCUGAGUACUGAGUAUUCUGACCUUGAUUCUUUUAGGAGAUGGAUCAUUUCAAAGCCUAAAUAUAGGGGGAAGUGGUCUCUCAGAUAAAGUUACAGACACUUGAUUUAGCACUGGGUAAAGUUCUCCUUCUUACUAAAUUUAAAGGGAUGUCCUCCAAUAGGGUAAAAAUGAAGGAUUUCCUACAACUUCAACUACUUUUACUGUAAUUUAUAUCUUUCUCUAAAUUAUUUAGACAAGGUGUAGGUUGAUUCUUUCUAAAUUCUGUUUUGAAUUUAGAUGGAAAAACACAAUAUUUUACAUCAUUAAUGAGCUAUUCUUCCAGAUAGUGGUUAGGAACUUUAGACUUCUCACGUUUUUGUCUCGGGGAUUGAUCUUUGUCACAUUUAUAAACUAUGGCUCACAUAAUAGUUCUUCUCCAUCCCUAUUUAAUCUUUGACCUGGCUUUCCCGAGAAAGCAAACCAGGUUGUCAAUUAGUGCUAAUUAGUAUCUAUCAUUUGGGGAAUAGAGACAGCAUGCCAGCCAUGAGUAGGGUUGGCUGCUUUCUUUUUUAAAAAUAACUGCUUAAAAAAUUCUGGAAAUAUUUGGGGUGAUUGACUUAUCAUUCUCAGAGUAGACCCAGGGAAAUCAGUGUAAUUAAGUCCAUUUAUUUCAGAGGGUCUACUCCACGAAUAUUGCCACAUAUAUGCCAAUUCUGUAUAUUCAACUAGUCGUAGAUUACUUUAAGAAAAUGAAAAUAUAUUCUGAAUGAGAAUUGUUUCUGUGUCCAGUGCUCUUUGUUGGUUUAAUAUUUCUGUUUUGCCAGUGUUGCAUGUCUGUAAGUUCAAGUAAUCUCAAACUGCACACAUUCCAUUCAAUGCUCCAAUAAACAUCCCAGCUGAAGAUACCUUGAUACAGAAAGUGCCAAUUAGAACCUUCUUUGUACCUCUGCAAUACCUCCUACGUAACAUGGGAUAAUGAAGAAAUUUCUUUGUAACUGUAUGCAAUUGCUUUUAAAGAAGAGCACAUAAUUAUAUAUGUAAUUAGUAUAAGAAUGUGGUUUAUCUUAACUUGCAUGCCAAGCAAAACUUAAAAGAUUCCACUAAUACCUUCAAGCAGCCAACCCUACCCUAAAAAUUAAGGAAUUUUUAAGAUGAGGUCUUGAUUCAUGUCAGCUUUGCAGGAAUAAAAAGUAGGGAAAGAAAGCAAUUGCCAGGCAUUACCAGUACACCAGUACAAGAGGCUAAGAGGCUACAAAACAUACCACAGCCCAGCUGGAGCAUACAUCUCAGAAACAGAGCUCCUUUGGGGAGGUAGAGAUUAUUUCAGGUCAUGGUGGACUCUACUCCAGACCACUGCUAGAGCAGAUUAUUGGCUGUCUACCAAAGCCCUGCGGGUGAACAUAGGUUUAUUUUGGAAUCCCACAAUAUUUGUAGGCACACUCUGUAUUUAGACUUGCACUGCAUGCUAUACCCUAUUCCCUGAGCCCUACAGUCCAUUCUUUUUUGGACUGCAGAUACUUCACAGUCUCACCUAUCCAUAUCCAUCUAGUGGUCCUCUGCUGGCGGGAAAUAGACGUGCAAUGAAAGAAAAUAUCAAAUAAAGAAACAUUCUAAGAUUUUUAAAAACCAUCCAUUUUAAACAAGGGUUAUUACUCUUUACAAAUUCACUGAUGCACCAAAAAUCAGAACGUUAUCAUUUAGGCUCAUGCCUUAACUUCCACAUUAUAUAAGCAGUAUCAAAGUUAUAUCCUCUCUCAUUUUGUGUUCGCUUACAAUUUAUAUUCCAUUAAUCUAUGAUUUGUCUUUGUGCACCAGUCCUCUUCCUCUGAGGUUCAGGGUGAGAGUGAAGUUGGUAUCAGUAUAUCAUUGCUUAAUAGGAGGCACCACUUUAGCUAAUGGGGCCUCCCGCUGCCGCCGCGCCGCGGGAGCACGAUUUCUGUUCUCAUCCUGAAGCAAAGUUCUUAACCUGAGGUACUAUUUCUGGGUUAGCGGGGUCUGUAACCUGAAGCGUCUAUAACCUGAAGCGUCUGUAACCCGAGGUACCACUGUAAACGCUUAAAAUUCUAAACUGCAUAAUUUACAACAUCUUUUUUUCUUUCUUCUCUUACAGAUUACUGAGGUAUUUGAGGGCAUAUGUACAUCUACUAAAACAGUGCAUGAACACAUCAGUAGCCUCCAAGAAGGAAAAAGACAUAAACUGAAAAGUGGCAGAUUGUCCAUGCUCAGCCGUCUGAACCAAGUCCAGAAAAAGAAACAAAAGGAGGAUCAUCAGAUGAACUCUGCAAACAAAAUCAGGUAAUCCAGACUCCACAAUCUUGACAUAAACUUGAGUGGGGUGUAUUUUUUUUAUUUUUGGUAAGCAUCCCUUAUGUCAGCAGCUCAUGCCAAGGCACAAGUGAAGUAUGUUGAUAUUGCCUGCCGUCACCCCACAACUGUAACAUCUCACUACUGCUGUGUCCAUAAGGAGAGCUGCAUGCUAUUCUCCCAUGAAGUCCCUUUGUUAGCUCUGCAGCAGAAGUAGAAUCCCAUUUAUUACAACUGGCAUGAUUCAAAAGCUCUCUGGUCAUCAGCAAUGAUGUUUUUGUUUUUUUCAUUUGUCAUGGAUCUCCAAAUCUAAUUCAACCACUGGAAAUUGAAGGUGUUAUCAGGACCAUUAGGGUUGACUAUUACUUAAAUUUCUGUAGUUACAUGCACACAGUUAAGUGCAAUUUAUGCACACAACUUCUGUAUGCUUUUUGUCAUUUAAAAAUACAUGUAGGUAGGAACCCAAACUAGGUAACGCUGUUGAUUUAACACAGUAUCAAAUUCAAAUUUGUAUGUCUUGACUGGUGACUUGGAGAAUGUUUUUGUUUGGCCCAUUUAAGUAUGUCUUUUACUGUUACCUAGAUUGCAUAGGGUAAAUAGCGGCAGUGGCAGAUGAUGGAGCAUGGAGUGGCAGUGGGGUAAGGUUGGGGGAGCUCUAAGUUGGCAGCAGUGCCACCUGGAGCUCCCCUGACUUCAUCACUGCUUUACGUAUCCUGGGGAGUGCAGCACCAUCACUGGAAAUGUGUUGCUGCCACUCCAGCCCUGCUCAUUUUUCCCUGCUGGCAAGUGGCAUAUUUUUCUUUUCUGCUAAUGAUUAAACCUGUGCUCUGUCAGUUUUUCACAUAGCAAUACAGUUAAAAGAUCAUGAAUUCAUGGCAAAUUGGGAAUAUUUAUAGUAUUUACAUCUUGCCAUAUCGUACUUACGAAGGAGGACCACAUAAAGUGGUGGCUCAAUUUUCUGGUCAAUAGUAGUGCUUUUCAAGGAGGGGGAAAUAAGUAUUUCCUGGGGGAAAACUUUAAUUGCAAAAGCUUUAAGUGUGUUUGUUUGUUUUGUUCCUGUGUGCUGCUAUUGUUUGAGCUGGCUCAAAAUGCAGCCACCGGUCUUGAUGAGGGCAAUGCAAUUAUGGAUAUUUUUAAGGUGCUUCUUUUAGCUAAUGGCUUGGCUGGAAUUGUGUUUUAUAUUGUAGGAAUGUUAGAAUUUUAGUAUUGAUGUUUUAUUGAAGUUAUGGGCAAUUUGUAGAAAUUGCAUUUGUGUUUCUUAUUCCAUCGUUUUAUUGUUGAAGCUGUAAUUUUAAAUUGUUAUUACAUUAAGCUUUCUUGAUAGUUUGACUCAGAAAAAGUGGCCUAUAAAUAUUUUAAAAUAAAUGAUACCUAUCCCAGUGUAGUUGGAAGAAACAGUUGUGCUAGGCGGUGGCUUUUUCCGCUAUGUCUAGCAAGUUCCACUAGCACCACUAUCUUCAGUAUUUUCUGUAUAGGUAGUGCUACUCCUUCCUACUUGCUGACUUCAAGAACAGCCUAAGUAUGCGUUCAGGAACUGCAGAGAUCAUUCUUUCUUUGGCAGGCAGUUCCUCUCUUCUUGGAGUCAGUAGCUGAGAGAAGCACUGGUAACAGAAAAAAAAGGUGGGGUAGGAAACACUGCCAGUUGAUAUUUACAGAACAUGCCCUGCAGAUUAAGAGACAGUGUUUUGCUCUCCUCCCAUCAACCUUAUUGAAAGGCUGUGAUGAGGUGGUGGAUGGCAAAUGCUGCCUUUGAUUCACUUAUUGUUCCCAGUACAUCAAGAGACUACAUUUCUUACUCACUGACAAGUCUCACCACUUUCAUGCUGAAUUUAGGAGAGAUCAGGAAAGAUUAUCAAAAUUUGUUCCUCCACCCAACAUGGAGCUGAAUUCCAUGCAAACUUUCUUUUCACUUGGUGAGCUAGAACCUGGAGUUUGUUUGUGUGUUAGGGGUGGUUAGUAAUCUUAGUACUGCAUUAAAAAUAAUUGUGAGGACUUGGCUGACAGUGAGGAAUCUCAACUUAUUUCAAAAUAUAAAAUUGUGGAAAUAAAUUAAGGAGUUAGAGAUUUGGGGAAGGAUGAAACUUUCCCUGUUAUGUUAUACAUUUAUUUUGAUGGCUGGAAUUCUACCUAAGUUGCUGUUCUUAUUCCAAUGUAUCCUGUUUUUAAGUAAAUUAAGUAGCCUCAAAGAAGGGAAAAAUAUAUUUCUAAAUUUAUCUGGCAGGGGGGAAAGCCACAAAUUAAACAUAAAAAUUGGAGAGAUAUAAAAGAGGAGGCUUUGCCCUGCCAGACUUUCAACGAGGCAGCUUCCUUGUGUUGGCUAAAGGAAUGGAUUGAAUUGAAAAUGCAGACAUUUUAGAUUUGGAAAGCCAUGAUACGAAAUUUGGCUGGCAUGCAUGUCUUUGGUAUGUAUGGGAAAGCUAAAGUUUAUAAGGGUUUUACAAAACAGAUUGUUAGGAAGGAUUUGUAUAGAGUUUGGGAUAAAUAUAAAAACUUGCUGUAAAGAAAAGCACCUUUAUGGCUAUCCCCCACUGAAGCAAUUGCAAUUAAGAGAGUUAAUAUGGAUAGACAAUGGGUGACCUAUAGGGAAUGGUUGGGCCUUACAGGGAAGGAACCCAGACUGAACCCAGUGGAAGGCUUAAGGAGCCAAGUUACUGCUUGGUUACAGUAUCAUCAGUUACAUGAUAUGUUUAAGUUUGAUUUUUUAAAAAAUGGAUUCCCCAAACCACAGCUCACAAUUUGAAAGACAAUUAUUACAGAAUAAUUGGCGAGUGUGACCCUUGCACUGGAACAUGAUAGACACUUAUAGUCUAGUGCUAUGUGAAUGGGUCAGAGCAAAGCAUUGGUCUAAUGUGGUCCUCUUCCCCCCCCCACCUCCUGUGCUGGUGGAUCUAGACUUUGGCAAAGCUUAGCUUAACUUUUACAGUAUCCAAGUUACAUUGUGUUGUGAUGAGUGAUCCUGGUUUACAACAACCUCCUAGUUAGGUUUGAAGUUGACUUGUAUCCAGCAUAUAUCUGCUUGUAGCAUUUGUGCCUAAGAUACUUUGAUUCCCCAUCCUUUUGCUUAUUUCUUUGUCCAUUAAGCAAAUAUAGGGCUGUAUCCAACGUACUGUGAAUGGAAAAUGGCUCUCACAUCUUCCCAUCUUCCUUACUGUAACCUUCUGUGCUCCCCAAAAGCACCCAAAGCCUCUGUUUAUUUUUAUUGUCCCUGGUUGUGAGAACAAAAACACAGGAUAUUUGUACAAAUAGAUAAUGAUACAUGGCAUGAGAAUUAUCAUAUUACAACAGUGCAGAUAAAUUGUAUUAAAAUUUUAUAUAUAUUUCUCCUGAAACUUGUUCCAAAACGUAAUAGGCUCACUAAUCUUUUUAGCCUUGACGAAACACACAAGAUGGAAUUCAGCCUUGUGCCAAGGCAAUUGUUCUGUCAGGGCAAGAAUUUGUUCUUGCCAGAUGGAACAGUCUGCCCUCUCCUGCCCUGCACCCUGCUCUGGGCUUUCUUCUGACCCUCCAGAACAGAUUUGGGGAGGGAUGUGGAGGUUGCAUAAGGAGAUGGGGUGGAAUCCAUUCCUCUAGUGCAGUGGUUCUCAACCUGUGGGUCCCCAAAUGUUGUUGGACUACAACUCCCAUCAUCCCUGACCACUGGUCAUGCUGGCUAGGAAUAAUGGGAGUUGUAGUCCAACAACAUCUGGGGACCCCCAGGUUGAGAAACACUGCGUCUAGCGGGACUUGUUGAUUUUAGCCCAAAGAUCUGAAAGAAGAAAUUGGAAACAAUGUCACUCUUCAAACCUCCUUUUUGGGGGAAGUGGGGGAGAAUAUAACCACCCCAUCAUCAUGGGGUAGUUGGUGCAAAAACUCAGAGGCUUCAUGGGCACCAGGGGAAGAUCUCAAUGAUGCCAUUGGACCCAUACAAACCAUGUCAGAGAUCUUUGUUUUAAAAGGUGGUGGGGAACCUAUUCAACGCUGAGCUGUGUCAUAAUAGGAAUGCAGCAUCCUGUGGUCACACAAAACUGCUUUGCACUUACGCACAGGCUGCUUUGGAUUAACAAUAGAACUGUAGGUUGGAAUGAAUCAAUAGAUUACCUACUUUAUUCAGACAAUAGCUUGUGACAGAAAAUAACACUUCUUUCAUUAACAUAGACUAGUUUUCUCUGGGUUUGAUGUUGUGUUUUGAAUGCUGUGCUACAGAAAAUAAAUACAUGGAUUUGUUUAUAAUACCUUAAAAACUACACUAUAUAAGGAAAUGCAGUGUAUUUUCUGGUAAGUGUAUUAAAAUCCCUGAAGCUUUGAUCAGAAGCCAGCUGUUACAUCAGUCCUAUUUGUAAUCUUAUUUCCUGAUCAGUGACUUGAACUUGUACCAUGCAUAUGUCAAAUCUAUUUUAGCAGUAAACAAACCAUAGGAUUUUACUGCAACUUUAAUAAUUGUUCAAUAGGAUUUAAAAGUUCAAAACAGUUAUUAAUUUUGUUCUUUUUCCAGUAAUCAUAAAAUAUUUUUAAGAAGAGUACAAUUAUUUAUAGUGAUUUAGAAUAUUUUCCAAAAUGUGCAUUAUUUGUCAAUAAUGGGUGUGGGUGUGUGCACGCAUAUACUUUGUGAUCAAGUCUUCUCCAGCUCUCAAAUUCAUUUUUAUAACUGAGUUUGAUACGUUUAUUUAUGCAUUCUUAUCUACAUUUUUACUCUUCUAUUAAUAAUUCAGUACUGAAGUUAAAUGAUCAUGUAAUUAACUUUGUUCAAGCAUCGACUGAGACUUUGAAAUGUACUGAAACACAAUAAUGUCAAAAUACAUUUCCUAAUUCUAAAAAAUUAUUAAUUUUGAUUCAUAUAUAAUUUAAAGUGGUCCAUUUUAAUAACUAGAUGUUUUCCAUCAAUAUUUCAAAACAGAUUUCUGUGGUGUCAUGAAUUGUGUAUGUUUUAGUAAAGCUUCACUUUUCAAACCAGCUAAAAUGUCCCCCCAAACACAAAAGAUCUUAACAACCAAAUACCUAGAAAAAAAGAAAAAGCUUUGUCUGUUGCUGAAAAGAUGUUAAUGUCAGCACCAGGCAGGCCUCCCAUUCCAUAGGCAAGGAAUCCACUUCUAAGAAGGCCUCAUAUGCAACACAUUAUAAUGCAAUUAUAAUUCAGUAAUUAAGACUAGAGAUGACUUACAGUUGAAUUUGAAUGUUAUACUGAUAGUAACGUUAAAUCAUAAUCUUAAUCUUAUAGUCACAUUUUCCUAAUAUGAAGAGCAGGCUGCUAAUUUCUCAAUAAUUCACACAGUGUUUUUCUCCCUCAUAUGUACACAUAUAAACUCGCUGUAAUGUGUUCCUCAUAUCAUUCCCUGUGACACUUAACACUUGGCUACUAUUCUCGCCCCCACCAGUUGCUUCCAUUGAAGUGCAAAAUAUGGGAACCAUAACAGCCUUGAACAGCAGAAAGCAGUUGUUACGGCAAGUUAAAUUAGCCUAAAUCCACAUACUCUGUUUUGAAUGUUGGUUUUGGCUAGAAUGUGCAGUCCUAAGCUACGUCCGAUUUAAGCAUGUUAUGAAAGGAAAUAUGGUUAAAACUGCCCUGUCUUUAUGAAAUGUGGUUUACUUUGCACACACAUUUAUAACCUGAGUUUUGAUGGAGGAAGUGCAGAACAACACACUGCAAGGGGGUCUCUCGUUGCUUCUCUCAUAGCUUUGGCAUGUUUGGGUCCAAAGCAGAAGGGGACCAGGCUCUCCAGGCUCUGCGUGCAGCCUCCUCCAACCAGUGCCUUUCAUUCUUCUUCCCCAAAACACCUGCUGCAAAACCUGUUUUAAAAGGAUACCUUUUUUCCAGUGGUGACAUCAUACCCCGUUACCACUGGAAACCUCCCUCUCUCAGUUCUUCUGUUGCUGUCCACUUCUUCGUUGGCAGGGAGGACAGCAUCUGCAUGGUCAGUUGUUCUUAAUGGCCCAGUACUUGGGUCUCUUAAGGGCAUCGCUAGCAACCAUUUUCUGAAUAGGAGGACUGGUUCAGCCUGUAUUUUUCACUGGCCUAGCAUCUUCCCUCCAUACUCCAAAUACUGGCUAAAAUCUGCCUUCUACUAAAGUUAGGAUUAUGGGGAGUUUGCACCUCCCCACAAUUAAUAACACUAUUAUUAGUCAUGUAAGCUGCAAAUUAAUUGGUUGUGAAGUUCUCAUACUGAGUACAAUGUUUAUUCUUGGGAGAAUGAUUUGAAUGGGAAACCUGAUAUUUGCAGAUGUGUCAGUAUUGAUUUCCACUACUUAGGUAGUAAGAUUCAUUUCAACAACUAUCAUUAAUAGAACAAGUAGCAAAGAUAAAUAGCCCUUUCUUGCUAUUUUGCAAUUACUUUCUUUCCGUAGCAUUCAUGAAGACAUAUAUAAAACAUUCUACUAAGAGCUAUGGCCACAACUUUAUGAUUAUCUAUCAUGUCUUUUGCUCAAAAUUGCUGACAUUUUAUCAACAUAAAUUUGAUAAAUUACUUAAGAGUGUGUGUCCUUAGAGUGAAUGUUUAAGCUAAAUAACCUUUUUCUUCCUGUACUGCAUUACUGCCCCCAAUCCAGAGAUACGUGAGGAAAAUAGUGCUUAUGCAGCCUAGUCCUAUCCCAAUUAAAAAAGAUAUUUAGUAAGAGGGCAGAAGGGUUUAUUUGCCUUAGGUUCAGCCCCCUCUUCUAACCCAGAGGAUGAGAUCUCAGGAUCACUUGAUCGAGAACCAGAUAUGCAUCAAGGAUACCUAUAUUGUGGUGGCAAAGGGGUGUGUGAAAAUACUGUGGAAGUUAUUUACUGUUCCAAGGACAGUAGUGUUACCACAGUUGUAUAUUCUAGGACCAUAUCAUCUCAGCACUUUCAAAUUUCCAAAUAUUAGUUGUUGACUGGUAAUUAUGUUGUUCUAAUGUCAUAAACAUCACAAUCUUACAAGUUUUAUUUAUAUCUCUUUUAUGUAUUAUCAAAACAUACUAAUGAAAAAUCCUCCACACGAGGUCAGAGAAACUGCUGCAAGACUACUGUGAAUUCUUGAUGGAGAUUCAGAUCUCCAUCACUGAUUUUUUCCCCUUUUUUUGACAUAUUAGCAAACAUAAAAUAGUAGACCGCACAUACAAAUCACUAACUCAUAUGGCAAUUUUUGUAGUGGAUUUAGUAUAAUAUUGGUAAGGUUUUCACUGUUUAGUAGAACACUUAACUCAUAAAAGAAUUCUGUAGAAACAUGUCCUUCGUUUUGAAACAGCUUGACUAUGUGCAGAAGCUGUUCCGCUCACACAUCGUACCUUCACUUGCCUAGCAGAUCUUCUUGCUCUCUUUCCCCCUACAGUCCCCUGUGUACCCUUCAAAGUCUGCUCCAAUGCAUUGGAGACCUCCCUGGAACAGAUUUGGGGAGAGGAAAGAUAUAACUCCUUGUUUCCACAAGCCAGUAUUUGAAGUGUAACUUCUAAAAAGCUGACAUACUCAUUUUCUCUGCUCAUGGAAGUUCCCACCAUGUCUUUCAUGAGUCACCUCCUUUAUGAAUACGCAUCACGCAAGCAAAUCAUUUGUGUGAACAGUUACGCCAACAUACCAGCCUCAGUUCAUAACACAUGAAUCACUUUCGGAGUACUUAUAGACAUUCAGUGACAAAUUUAUUUUGUAGAACAAUGACAUUUCUCCAUAUUAAAAUCUAGUAACUCUACAAAAGUAGGUUUAAUGGGUUUUGUUACUAAUUUUUAAAAAUUGGUAGGACUUGGAACUAGCCACCUCAUUUCUGACAGCUAAACAACAUAUUUUUAAGCCUUAUUCUAUUCUUACUAAAUGUGAGGGGAAAGCAGCAUAUGAACACAAGGCUUGUUCCUGUAACAAAUCAUGCUUUGGUAUCACAUCUGGACUGACCCACCAUCUGUUUGAGGCAGAGGGAGCAGCUGGUGUUGACUAUGGUGGGGACUACAGAAGGCAGAAAUCAAAUUAGGCCCUGAGAAGGAGAACUGGGGCAGAUGAAGGUAGGAGAGCCUUAAACAGAGUAACUAGAAGUUGACAUAAAAGUGGCAGAUAUGCAAAGAGUCCAAGAUCAAAGGCUGCAAUUUGAUGAUACAUUGCUAUGUAUUUGUUUAUACUCAAAUAGCUGGAUCCUAAUUAUUUCAUAAAUAUUUCAUUCAUAUCUAUUGUAUCCAGAGUUUAGUUACCCUGGAGGCAGUAUUUUUUGUUAUCAGCGUUUCUAUAUUAUUUAUUAUUAACACGCACUCUUCACCAGCUGGUUUCAGUUCACGGUACAACAGUGUUAAAAUUAUAAAUAAUAAAACUAUUAUUAUUAUUAUUAUUAUUAUUAUUAUUAUUAUUAAAAGCGGUUAAAAUAAUUCACAGUCACAGGUAUGGGGUGGGUCUUGUAUAGCUGACACUAAUUUUGAUGUUUAUUUUAAAGGUAAAGGUAAAGGUACCCCUGCCCUACGGGCCAGUCAUGUCCGACUCUAGGGUUGUGCGCCCAUCUCACUUAAGAGGCCGGGGGCCAGCGCUGUCCGGAGACACUUCUGGGUCACGUGGCCAGCGUGAUGAAGCUGCUCUGGCGAGCCAGCACCAGCGCAGCACACGGAAACGCCGUUUAAGCAUUAAGAUGUUUAUUUUAGCUGAUUCUUAAUGCUCUUUAGAUUAAUGUUUCAUUCAUUAGGCACUGGCUCUUAUGACUGAGAUUUGUUAAUAGACUUGUUUUAAACUUUAUAAAAAAUGGAAAAGAUAUUACAUCAUUUUUAAGUUAGGAAAUAAAUAUUUAUCUUGAAUUUUUUAAUGCUUACCAUUUCCCUUUUAAAAAAACUUUAUUUGCACAUAAAAGUCCAGAGGAACAAAGUUAGCAGUCAGUUUUGGGUUUUUUUAUGUGCCCACUCACUUGGCUGGAGAGGCAGCCCACCUUUCCAUAUAAAUCUAGCCAAUUGAUUGGCUGUACAAAAAAAAGUUAUUAAAAUCUGCACAUAGUCAUAUGUGGAAAGUAGCCUUUCUAGACUGUGGCCCAAAUCCUUUGCUGUUCUAUCCAUGCCGAUAUAUCUUUAGCCUGUUAUUCUGGAAGACUGGGUACAUUUAGCAGUUUGCUGGCUCCAUAAAAGCCUCAGUUUUCUUCUCUUUCAUGAUCAUUUUCAAAUGGUGACACACAGUACAAUGUAUAGUAGUGAAUACCAAAGAGAGGGGGGGUGUCCCUCUUUCCGAGAUGAUGAUGAUGAUAACCAGUAUCAUAGUAAACUAUCUGAAUCACGUAUUUGUUAAGGAAGGCAGACACCAACAUCAAAUGCUUGCUUUCCGGCUUCUGCCGUCAUUCCAUGGCUUCAAGUUGGGGCAGGGGACAGGACAGCCAAGGUGCUUCAGUUUGGCCCUGACUCUGUGUAACCCAUUGUGCCCUCCCCCCAUUCUUUUCAAUGCCUGUAUUGGGACAUUCUAUUAACUGUAAUCCAGCCAUAGGCAAACUUGGCCCUCCAGAUGUUUUGGAGCUACAACUCCCAUCAUCCAUAGCUAGCAGGACCAGUGGUCAGGGAUGAUGGGAAUUGUAGUCUCAAAACAUCUGGAGGGCCGAGUUUGCCUAUGCCUGCUGUAAUCUAUCAUUUGUGUGAGGAGGGGCUUUCAAGCAACACUUUAUAGGGAAACGAAAGUGCAAGGUGCUGGUUUGGUUCAGGAAGAAUUAGCUGAUCAAAAGACUGCAGAGCUGUGUGAUGUGCUUCUGUUUUUGCUUGAAUACAAUUUUGGUACCUUCAAAAUACUUUUGCUGAUUUUUCUUCUUUUUUUCUUCAUAGGAAUUAA